CAUAGACAAUUUCAGGGAGGAAGUUUGUGAGUGAUCGAUUUUACACCGGGCACCGAAAAACUUCCCAACGGCGUUUUUCUUUGUUUGCCCGUACGCGAUUUUAUAUUGAAAAAGUAGCAUCGCUUUGUGUCGAACAAUAAAAAUGGCGAACACGUUUCGCGCGGUGACGGUGUUUGCCGUCAACAACGAAGGUUCUCUAACUCCGCGCUUCAAUUUCCCUACAAACGUAAACGUGGAUUACGAUCCACAAGGUCUAAGUGUAAAAGUGAUACGUGCCGAUCCCGUGCUAGCCCAGGAGGUGCUAGAAUUUCCCGUCCACAGUCAAAGCGAGUGCUCGCGAGUCGUCGGCCAGUCCUAUAUUUUCACAAUAGACAACGAGACUUUGUUUUUCAAGUUCUCCAGCGAUGUCGACUCCCAAAACUUCCAUCUGCUGGUCACUAAAGUCAAAGCCGGCCGCUCGUCCUCCGUGUUUACUGUGCGGACCGAGGACUCGUCGGCGAUGCAGUAUUUCCAGUUCUACGGCUACCUGAGCCAGCAGCAGAACAUGAUGCAGGAUUAUGUCAGAACGAGCACGUACCAGCGAGCUAUACUGUCGAACAUACACGACUUCAAGAACAAAGUGGUGUUGGACGUCGGCGCCGGUUCGGGCAUAUUGUCCUUCUUCGCCGCGCAGGCGGGAGCUCGGAAAGUGUAUGCCGUGGAAGCGAGCAACAUGGCGCAUCAUGCCCAAGCUCUAGUCAGAGCGAACGGACUCCACGACCGCAUAACGGUGGUGGCAGGUAAGAUAGAGGAGAUAGAGCUACCCGAAACAGUAGAUGUGAUUAUCUCUGAGCCCAUGGGGUACAUGUUAUACAAUGAACGCAUGUUAGAGACAUAUCUUCACGCUAAGAAGUGGCUCAAACCCAAUGGUAACAUGUACCCGACGAGAGGAGAUCUACACAUAGCUCCCUUCACUGAUGACGCUCUUUUCAUGGAACAAUAUAACAAGGCUAACUUCUGGUACCAGUCAUGUUUCCACGGAGUCGAUUUAAGUGCAUUAAGAACAGCAGCCAUGAAGGAAUAUUUCAGACAGCCAAUUGUAGACACAUUCGAUGUUCGUAUCUGUAUGGCCAGGUCUGUGAGGCAUGUUGUAGACUUUUUAAACGCCAAUGAAACUGAUCUACAUAGAAUUGAAGUACCCUUUAGAUUUGAAUUGACUCAGUCCGGAACCUGCCACGGCUUAGCAUUCUGGUUUGAUGUCCUGUUCGCCGGCAGCACGCAGCAUAUCUGGCUAUCCACUGCUCCAACUGAACCUCUAACACAUUGGUACCAGGUACGAUGCCUUCUUGAAACACCAAUUUUCGCUAAACAAGGCCAGGCGCUCACUGGUCGUGUUCUUUUACUGGCCAACAAGAGACAGAGCUAUGAUGUCACUAUGGAGAUAAGCUUGGAGGGCACUAAUAUUUCCUCUUCCAACACGUUAGACUUGAAGAAUCCCUACUUCAGAUAUACUGGGGCCCCGGCCGCACCACCCCCGGGAGUCAACAAUGCAUCUCCGAGUGAGACAUACUGGAAUUCAAUAGAGUCAGCUGGCUCGCUCAGCAACGGACAAGGUGUUAUCUUGACUGACGGUACACAACAGUAUUGCUCAACACCAGAACAAACUAUCGCAUAUGGAGCUCACCCGAAUAUGAUAAAAACAGUGAUGCUUCAAGAGGAGUUCAUCAAGCGAAUCGGGAUAAGUCAAAAUGGCGAUAUAUAAUCCGCGAAGUCGCGCCGCGCGCGCCUUAGGGCUAUAAGGAACCGUCGUAAUCGGUUGUGAACAAUCUUCCGUUCAAAGUUUCUAGUGUGUAAGAGGACUUAUUUAUUACAACACCAUCACAGUGGACUGCUAGAAUUGUGUAAUUGAUAUGUAGGAGAGGCGAUGAGCCCAGUACUAUCUAAUAAUUAGGAUUUUAACUAUUAUGAUAUUGUCAUAGGUUUUAAAUUACACAUCGAAAUAAAACUAGUUUCAUUUAGAUUUACAUAGCUUCACUUUGCACACUAAAAUUGUUCAGCAAUUAAUGCAGUGCAUGUAUUUUUUGUAUUUUCAGCAUGUAUGCAUGUUAUAAUAUGGUUUAUGUAUUGGAUCAAUGUUUUCUGAGGAUUUUUAAUAUACUUAAUAAUUUCAUGGAAAAUGUUCAAAUUAGCACCUACACAAAUUUUGUUGUUACAUGUAAGAAAUUAAAAAAAACUAGAUUUAUUUCAAUGUGUAAUUUCACAAUUGAAUAUUUGCUAGUAGUUGGAGUAUGGCAAUUAUAAAACGCAAUAAACCUUUUCAGUGUAUUAUUUUCUCAGUUUGAAUGACGCUUACUAGUAUAAUUGGACAGGUUGAAAAACAUUGAAAAUAUUGUAUAUACGUACGCCUAAAACUAUGACAAUGUAUCUUAGGACAUCUACACAUGUAGUUGAGCAACGAUAUUUAAAUAUUUGUCCAAUUGAAUGUGUAGACGUUAUAAAUUGGCCGACGGCAAUGACAAGAGCUGUGGAAGCUCUGUAGCUAGGUUAAGUUAGAAGUUCAAGUAUACUUGGUAGGUGGUAAAAGCUGGCAAAUUAUUGCUUUUCAAUACUCAUAUGUCAAACAGAAGGGGGUUUCAUUUUCACACAACUGUCUGCCAAUGGGUUUGAAAUAUUUUACAAGUUGUAAGGUCCCACUAGAAUGUGUAACAUAAGCCAUACAUGCUACGAUCUAACGGAGAGGUCGCCUGUGCAGUUAUGCCUGGCACAGGUGUUCUCGAAAGAAUUGAUUUUCGAUUUUGCGCCAGUCGCCUUCGCAGGCUCAAAAAACUGCACAUGUCUAGUCCCACACGGUACACACAUUCCGGUUUACCUGUGCAGGCAUACCUGCACAGUUGGACCUCUCCGAUAGAUCGUAGCAUGUAUGGCAGGCAUGAAGCGCGAUGGGAAGUAGCAUAAGACCUUGUUUCUUAGUUUAAAAUUGAAUACCAAAAAAUCUAAAUGUGGAAGAGGCAAAUAUAAAAAGAAUGCCUGAUUUUCAAUUAUUUCUCUUUUCAAUAUUAGGUUGAUGUCUAAAAAAAGUCAGUUUUAAAUAGAAUUUGACCCUAGUGAUAUUUCAGAAAUUUUUUAAAUUUUUUUAUGUUAUUAUAAAAUAGGAAUGUGAAAAUCAAGCCAUUAAUCAAGUUAGUAUUGGUUCUUUAUUGUGAUCAAUUUUGUAUCUGUAUAGUGUAGUACAGAAAAAAGUUAUUUGAGUUACUUUUCCUUUUUUUGCUUUUAUGGCCAAGAAAUCAUCUGGUGGCUAGGCUAGUGAAUAAUAAGCAAUGGUGUAGUUGAUUUGAGCAUAUGAAAGGCAAGGACUUUUUGUACAUAUAUCAUGACGAUGAUCUCAAAUGUAGUAGACCAUACAUUAUCUAUUUAACAUGCAUGUUGGUAUACCCUUACAAUUUUUUCUGUAAGCUUUUCAUCUGGUUUAACUGGAAGGCCGGCCAUACACGGUUGCCGCACGGCGAUCUGCAGUUUAUACGGACCGCUUAACGACCGUUCUUGAGCGGUCUGAGCAGUCGCUCUGCGUCCGAGUUUCGUUGUGCAGUCGAACAACAAAGUGUGGUAUUAUAAUGACGCGUCUGACAGCGCGGUUGGUAAGCGUCGCGGUCCACGAGCUUUGAGUACCUGAUCGUUACAUAGUACAAUAAACCACCCGGACGGUGUUUCGGCCGCGCUGUUCUCAAUGCGACUGUACGAGGUGGCAAACCGCGUGGCACUGAACUCGUUUUAUAGUUUCGAGCGAGUCAUCCCCGUGCUUGCGAGCCGCGCUUACCACCAGCGCGGACGGUACGCGUCACUGUAAACUAGCCAAAGGCAUGUAUGAUCGACUGCACGAUGCGGUCGUGUUGCAGACUGCAGUCGUGUACGACUUCAACGCGACCGCUCUAGAGCAGUCGAUCUCGACUCCAACUUGCGGGAUAUGGCCAGUCGAAAGCAAAAUGUUUCUUCAAAAUAUUUUGUUAAACUGUAACAUGCACAAAGGCUAUUUAAAAAUAUGGCUGUUAUUUAAUAAUUCUUGGUUAUCGCUUGUGUAUUUUAACAGCUGAUCUGGUUUACCACUUUUAUUAAACCUUAUCGCAAAGUAAGAAGUGGCGAAUCUGAUAGCGCCUAUACCAUGAGAAGCUGCUUCGUUUUAUAUCAAAAGCAAUAAAUCAUAAAUGUUAAUCUUUAUGAAGCAUACAACAUUUGUAUUGUAUUUGUGAUAUACAUAAUAAUAUAUUAUAUUAAUAAUAUGUGCAUUACAAUUUAGACCAAUCAUAUUAUAUAAAGUGAAAAAGUUUGUAUUUCUUUUUGAUUUUUUUAUUCAUACUUCUACUACUUAUAGUGUUAUAGACAGUAGAAGUAUGAGUUGAGUACAAUUAUUGCAUACUAAUAUUUUGAAAUUUAUUGGUUUGUUUGUGAAAUGUGUACCUUAUUAAUUUGUGACUUGCUCACAUGUUUUUUUUUUCAUUGUUUUGUCCUCCUGUAUUUAACUGUAUAAGCCACAAGGUAUGAUUCAUUUAUUUACUCCAUUGCAAUUUGUCUAAUGCACUGCAUGUUGAUUUCAUUGCAGACAUGUAUUUCAUUAAAUAUACUUCUAGUUCUCUGCCAAUUCUUAUUAACUUUGGUCAUAUUUUUCUUUUUUUUUUGCCAUCAUAAGAGAAAUUACAGAAUUCAGUGAUUUUGUGUUACCAGUAGUUACUUACAAAUUCUUCCUUUACAAUAUUGAUAUUAUCAUUUACUUCAAAUAUUAUAUUUAAAUUCCUUUUAGAGAACUUAACAGCUAUUGAAUCAUGGACUGGAAUCAUUCAUGCAUAUUUUUUGCAAGUAUAUUCUGAUGCUAAAUUUAAAACUGCUACUGAAUCAAAAACAUUACUACCUCAACUUGGCAGAUAGAGCAGACUACAAAUGAGUUUAUUUCAUUUUCAAUACCAUGACAACUGGCUAAGUCCAAUCGGCAAUAAUAUAAAGUGAUUUCAUCCGUGGACAUAUUGUAUAAGCAAUGUUUGAAUUGUAAUGAAUAAACAAAUUUUGUCACAGUC